UAAUAGACUCGGCGGCCAAAGAGAGUGCACAGCAACAAACACAAAGAGGAAGAGAGAACUCAAAAAGUAGACACACACUAUAAGAGAAGCCAAACAAACCAAUCUAACAUCUCUCAGUGAUGUUGAAACACACUUCUUAGUUCUUCUUCCUUUCCCAUUCAUUUUUUUAUUGUUUCUUUUAGUCAAAGUCCCAAGCAACUCCACCCUCCAAGUUUACUCUCUCAGCUCUUCUUCCCUUUUGUCAGAUCUCGAUCCUCCAAACUCAAUCCUUGCACACUUGUUAUUUAAUAGCGUUUCUUCAUUUCUUGCUUGCAGGGUUAGUAAUAGUAUCUUGUGCAUUGAAAACUGCCAAUUCCUUAGUGCUGCAUAAAACCAUAUUUAAGGCCCUGCCACUCUUACAAUUUGGUUGUGUAUUGAGUUUAAAGAGUUCAAAAAUCAAAACCCUCUGAAAUCAUCACCAAAAAACAACAUCACCUACCCAAUAAAGUCGAGUUACUAUCUUCUCUUUUUGCCUAAAACAGCUUCCUUGACAGUCUCACACACUCAUCUAUUACUAUUAAAUUUAAACCUCUCUGUUUCCGUGUUAUAAGAGAACACUCUCACCUUUCAACAUUGACAAAUAUCAGAACAAUGUUACCCCAGAAGCAAGGUGAAGAAACCAUGAUGUCAAGCCUUAACGAGACUAUUGAGCGUGAGGAGAGAGAGGAACAGAAGGAGGAUAGUUCACAUUCAAGUUUGAGGAGCCUUCUCUGGCAUGGUGGGUCUGCUUAUGAUGCAUGGUUCAGUUGUGCCUCAAAUCAGGUUGCGCAGGUUCUGCUAACACUGCCAUACUCUUUCUCUCAGCUUGGAAUGCUUUCUGGCAUCAUAUUCCAAGUAUUCUAUGGCCUACUUGGAAGUUGGACUGCAUAUUUGAUUAGCAUUCUGUACAUCGAGUACAGGACCAGAAAAGAGAAAGAGAAUGUCAGCUUCAAAAACCAUGUCAUUCAGUGGUUUGAAGUGCUGGAAGGUUUACUAGGUCCAUAUUGGAAGGCCAUUGGCUUGGCCUUCAAUUGCACUUUUCUCCUCUUUGGAUCUGUCAUCCAGCUUAUAGCUUGUGCAAGCAACAUAUACUACAUAAAUGACCACUUGGAUAAGAGGACCUGGACUUACAUAUUCGGAGCAUGCUGUGCCACCACAGUGUUCAUACCAUCAUUUCACAACUACAGGAUUUGGUCUUUCCUUGGCCUUGGCAUGACCACGUACACAGCUUGGUACUUGACCAUCGCAUCCCUCGUUCAUGGCCAGGUUGAAAAUGUGACUCACACGGGCCCAAACAAAAUGGUUUUGUAUUUCACUGGCGCCACCAACAUACUCUACACUUUCGGCGGGCACGCCGUCACAGUGGAAAUCAUGCAUGCAAUGUGGAAACCUCAAAAGUUCAAAUACAUCUAUCUUUAUGCUACUCUUUAUGUAUUCACACUCACCCUACCAUCUGCCACUGCCGUUUACUGGGCCUUUGGUGACCAACUCUUGGACCACUCCAAUGCUUUCUCCCUUCUUCCCCGCAACGGUUGGCGUGAUGCAGGCGUCGUCUUAAUGCUCAUUCACCAGUUCAUCACUUUUGGAUUUGCUUGCACACCAUUGUACUUUGUGUGGGAGAAAGUGAUAGGAAUGCAUGACACUAAGAGCAUAUGUUUGAGGGCUCUUGCAAGGUUGCCUGUGGUGAUACCAAUAUGGUUUUUAGCUAUUAUUUUCCCUUUCUUUGGUCCUAUCAACUCUGCGGUGGGGGCUCUUUUGGUUAGUUUCACCGUCUACAUCAUCCCUGCCUCUGCUCAUAUGCUCACUUACAGAUCUGCUUCUGCACGACAGAAUGCUGCUGAGAAAUUGCCCUUCUUAAUCCCAAGUUGGACAGCAGUGUAUGUGAUAAAUGCAUUUGUGGUGGUGUGGGUUCUAGUGGUAGGAUUUGGAUUUGGAGGAUGGGCUAGCAUGACAAACUUCAUCAAACAGGUUGACACAUUUGGAUUGUUUGCAAAGUGCUACCAGUGCCCCCCUAAAAUACCAGCUUCCAACCAUACACUGCAUCACUGAAAGUUAUAUAUGUUCUUUUGCAUGAUACAUAUAGGGACACAUCAGCAUCUUCCUCUUCUCUAUUUUCCCUAUCUUUUUUGUUUAAUCUCCAUAUAAAUAUUGUUAAUGCUGAUGUUCCCUUGUGUAGCAAGGCAAUGUUGUUAUAUUUGGCUUUGGAAUCAUUUUGGUUAAUCAUAAACAUGGAAUCAUGGACUAUAGUUAGCAUAUGUAGGGCUUGGUGUUUGGCAAUUGGCAUAUAGCGACCUCAAGUAUAGCCUGCAUGCAUGUUUCCAAUAAUGUCUUCGCUUUCCAAUAUAAUCAUUUUUUCCUCUUAAAAUCUCAAGUAUUUUUAGAUCA